CCCCCAAAAAAAUUUAUUUUUCCUUUCAUUCCCAGACUUCCACUCACCCAACAACCCACGCGAAACCCUUCCAAAACGUGACUCCUUUCUUCCUUCCACGCGAAACCCACAACUCGGGCAAGCAUCUGACCAACACCUUCCUUGACUGCCCUUUCUUUGUCCAUUUCUAGCAACCGAUGGUCUUGAAUGCCCUUUUCGCGGAGAGAGAAGAUCGGCGACUCGCUGACUUCAGAGCAGACUUGUUGGUGGUAGCGGUGAAAAAGUGAAACGGGGAGCAGGCUUUGUUCAGUUCGAGAAAAAGGAAAUUAAAGGGAUGAAUGGCCCACUUACAAGGCUGGGAGACAUGCGACAUGUCAUGGAUCAUGGUUUGCUGCUACCUUAAUUUUUGGCCAUUUAAUUUCAAAGAAAGUGUUUUAGUACAUCCUCUGAGUUCGAGUUUAUCUGGCUGUGAACAAGUUGUGGAACUUGGAAAUGACAUGUUUGGAUCAGAUGAUGUGGAUAUAGAGAAAGAGACAAUGGCAAUGCCAAAGAAACAAAACUAUGUUUCUCAAUCUGCAGUUGCUCUACGCUGUCGAGUUAUGCCUCCUCUUUGCAUGAAGAACCCAUACUUUAAAGAUGCUUCAAAUGUAGGCGUAGACCCAUUUGGUAAUCAAAGAACAAAAUGUGCAGGAUUUUUUCCUACGCUGUUUAGUGGAGAUGGUCUUUCAAGAUAUCACACUGAUUUUCAUGAGAUAAAGCAAAUACGGACUGGAAAUUUUAGCCGUGUCUUCAAGGUAUUGAAGAGGAUUGAUGGCUGCUUAUAUGCUGUCAAACAAAGUACAAGACCGUUGAAUCAAGACGUAGAAAGGUUACUUCUUUUGGAAGAGAGCUUUGAUGGAAGUUCAAGCUUUGGCAGCUUUAGGUAUUCUCACCCAUUCUCUGAGGCAGAUGCACUGAGAGCCUUGUAUCAGAUUGCAAAGGCAUUGCUCUUUGUGCACGAGAAAGGAGUAGCUCAUUUAGACGUGAAACCUGACAAUAUUUAUGUCAAAGAUGGUGUCUUUAAACUUGGUGAUUUUGGGUGUGUUACCCUUCUUGAUAAAAGCCUACUGAUUGAGGAGGGUGAUGCACGCUAUAUGCCUCAAGAAAUUCUGAAUGAAAGAUAUGAUUAUCUUGACAAAGUUGAUAUUUUCUCCUUGGGAGCUGCUAUUUAUGAGAUUGUCCGAGGAUCCACAUUACCAGAAACACAUUUCAUGAACCUUAAGGAGGGAAAAUUGCCACUCCUUCCUGGUCAUUCGUUGCAAUUUCAAAACUUAAUCAAGGACAGAUCUCUUUGUACUGGCUGUUCAACACCGAUAGUAGUCUGACAGUUUAUGAGUACUGGUACCGAACCAGAAUUUGAAGUUGACCCAGAGAUCGAGCAUACCUUUCGCGCAUGGGACGCCAAAAUUGAGCAAGGCGAAAGAAAGCAGCUAAUAUGGCAGAUAAUAACGACAAUGUGGCUCCCGCAGGAAAUCUAGGGGCGAUACGAUCAGUGUAGAACCUAGUCUUCCUUGCCGCUGAUCGUAACAUUCUCAUGAGGAACUACGCGGCGCCCAACCUGUACAAUUUUUUGCCCAGGAUUUCGAGGCCUACAGUAGAGGAGAAUCCAGAACGCAGGGCAAUUUGGGGGUCUGCAAGAUGAAGACCCGCAUGCCCACCUGACCAGUUUUGUCGAAAUGUGCGGCAACUUCUCAUUACCUGGCAUUACCUAUGAGGGUAUUAGACUGUAUUUAUUCCCUUACACCUUGAGGGAUGAAGCUAAGAGGUGGGCUCACUCACUGGAGCCGAACGAGAUUACAUCAUGAGAUCAGUUGGUUGAGUGGUUCAUGAAGAAGUUCUUCCCACCGGUCGUCAACGCAAGGUGAUGAAAGGAUGUGCUAAACUUUGAACAAAUGGACAAUGAGACCUGAGCACCGCUUGGGUGCGAUUUUGAAGAUUGGUGAAGAAUUGCCGCAUAUCGGGAUACCGAUUGCAUUUCGAUGGAGACAUUUUACAAUGGCCUGAACAGAUCGAUGCAGGCUAUUGCUGACACCUCCGCGGCAGGAGGUUUUAUGGACAAGACGUAUACCAAGGCCAACGUCAUCCUUGACCGCAUAUCGCGGAAUAUGGAUGAUUGGAUUGAUGAUGGUUAUGGAGGCAGAGGCUCUGAAAGAAGAAAGAAUGACACUGAAAUUGUCCUUAUGGAGACAAUGACCACACUGGCUGCUCAGAUAGCCACAUUGACCUCAAUCCUCCAAUCGAUGGUAAUCAAUCAAGAAGCCAUCCCCCAAUAAUCAGCACAACCCGCUGCGCCGGCUCAAGUGGCCGCAUUAAGUUGCAUUAAUUGUGGAGGGGCUCAUGUAGCAGAAAUGUGCCCAUCGAAUAUCCAACAAGUAUGCGCCAUCCAAAACAACCCGUUCAGCAACACCUACAAUCUGGGUUUGAAAAACCAUCCUAACUUCGGUUGAGGAGGGAAUCCUAACCAAGGGGGGCCAAGCAACCAUCAAAAUGGCAGUCGAGGGAACCCUCCUCCUUUUCACCAUAACUGGAAUCAGGGGCAACCAAGGUAAUCGCAUAAUCAGCAACCCUCAUCUUCAAACACCUUUGGAAGCUCGUUGGAGGCCCUGCUCAAAUAGUAUAUGGACAAAAAUGAUGCAGUGAUGCAGGCACAUGCAUCUUCAAUUCGAAACUUAGAGAUUCAAGUGGGCCAGCUGGCAUCUGACCUUAGAAACAGAACACCUGGUACGUUCCCAGCAACUCUGAAGCCCCUGGAUCUCAUGGAAAGGAGCAAUGUCCCUAGGACAUUGGGCAAGCAAGCUAGACCGCCUAUAGAGGUGUGGAUUGAACUCAUUCAAAGAAAAUCAUCUUUCGGUUCAUAUCUCACAUCUAUGUUUUAAUGCUUUCUUUAAUUCUUGUCUUUAUGAAUUUAUGAACUUUGUCUUUACUGCUUCAUUUAAUUUUUUUCAUGACUUUA